CCCUUUCCAAUUUCUUUACGAUUUUCUUUUAUUUUUGUUUUGGAAAACAGAGAGGCCUAAACCGAAAGGUUCAAAAGGCUAACGUGCGCCACAGUGACCGUUAGCUAGCCGGCGCCAAUAUCCGUUGGUGCUCUUUCUCUCUCUCCUCCUUCCUUUCAACCCAAAAUAAAUAAAUAAAUAAGAAAAAAAAGCCAUUUAUAUAUUUCUAAAACUGUCGGGGACAUUUGAUCAUUUGUCAUUGGUUUUGCCUUCCAGAGAGCUUCCAGACUCUACUUCCCCCCUUGCUUUAAUCUCCCCCCGUUCACUUCAAUCUGAAUUUUCAGUUUCUUCUUCAUGGAGAACGGCUUCCCUUCUACUCGGAACGAUUCGUUCCCAGCCGGUCUCCGCGUUCUCGUCGUUGAUGACGAUCCGACAUGGCUCAAAAUCCUCGAAAAGAUGCUCAAGAAGUGCUCCUACGAGGUGACUACGUGUGGUUUGGCAAGAGAUGCUCUGAACUUGCUGCGUGAAAGGAAAGACGGGUAUGAUAUCGUAAUCAGCGAUGUCAACAUGCCUGACAUGGAUGGUUUUAAACUGCUAGAGCACGUUGGACUGGAAAUGGAUCUUCCUGUCAUUAUGAUGUCUGUUGAUGGAGAGACAAGCAGGGUGAUGAAGGGGGUUCAGCAUGGAGCCUGCGAUUAUCUCCUGAAGCCAAUAAGGAUGAAAGAACUCCGGAAUAUAUGGCAGCAUGUCUUCAGGAAAAAAAUACAUGAAAUAAGGGAUAUUGAGGGUCAUGAAAGUUUUGAAGGUAUCCAAAUAUCAAGAAAUGGAUCAGAUCUAUCUGAUGAUGGGCACAUGUUUUGUGGAGAAGAUAUGACCUCAAUAAAGAAAAGAAAAGAUUUUGACAAUAAAUAUGAUGAGAAAGACUUAGGUGAUCAUUCUUCUUCAAAGAAACAUAGAGUUGUUUGGUCAGUAGAUCUGCACCAGAAAUUUGUCAAGGCUGUAAAUCAGAUUGGUUUUGAUAAAGUUGGCCCCAAAAAGAUACUCGAUUUGAUGAAUGUGCCUUGGCUCACUAGAGAAAAUGUUGCUAGUCACUUGCAGAAGUACCGCCUCUACUUGAGUAGAUUGCAGAAAGAAAGUGAUUUAAAAGCUUCUUUUGGAGGGAUAAAGCAUCCUGAUAUGCAUUUGAAGGAUCCUGCUGGAAGUUUUGGCCUUCAGAGUUCAAUCAACACAAACCAAAAUGACGUUGCUAACGGUAGGUUUCAAUUUUCUGCACAUAAAUUAUUUGGUCAGGAUGUGAAUGUCAAAAUCCAAGAAGGGGAUCUGAAGGGAAUUUUCUCAGAGCACAUGCCAGAUACCAAAAAAACCUUGAAUGCUGAUAAUCCUGAUCCUCAGGAGACGAGUUCACACAUGAGCUUCGAUCAUUCUUUUGCAACACUGGGAUCAGAAGUAAACUAUGAAGCAUUUGACUGUCACAUUUGGAAUGAAGCUCCUAAAAUUGAACUCAAACGAGAACAUAAGCCGCUUCUUCAGUUGGAGGACGGCUUUAGCCAGCUGCCACCAUGUGCUCCAGAACAUCACGUCAAAACUGAUAAACUACAUCCAGUCCCAUCUGUUACUUCUGGACUUUCUUUGACAGCAAGAGACGUAAGUGGUCCUAUAAAAAAUGAACCUUUGUAUGCCGAGUACCAGGGCAAUCGUGUGAGUCAUGUCAGUCCAAAGAAAUGUGCAAUUGAAAGUUUUCCUAUUCAAUCCAAGGGCCACAUGGUGGUGAACCAUCAAUCUUAUGAGCCCGUUUCCACAGCAAUAUCAAGCAUGAAACCACAGGGCUUCAACCUGAGUUGCCUUACUGACUUUGAUUAUUGCCAAAGAAACCUGAAAGCAAGUGACUCAACUUUGGCACCAUUCAAUGAGACAGCUUGUUUACUGCAAGGUGAUUUUCAUAAUAAGUAUUUUGGACUCCCAAAUAUAGAGUUUACUGACUGCAAUGAUCCAAGCUUCAUUGCCGAAAUUCCAGUUCACUGGUAUGACACACUGACUUCUGACUACGAGUGUCCCCUUGACCCAACAGAGUAUUCCAUUUUCGAUCAAGGUCUAUUUAUAGCAUGACCGUGCUCUCAACUUUUGAAUAUAGCCUGAAGAGUGGAUCCUUUGCUUUCUCUUCUUAGGCAAACAAAAGUGGAGCACUUCCGACUUCAAGAAAUGGGAAAUUGUUUUCCUGACUAUGUAACUUGUAUAAUAGGAGUGGUUUCAAACUUUUAUCCUAAUAAGUUUGCUUGUUGAA